AAAAAGGUUGGCGGGUCUCCCAAAAGUUGAACCUCGCCUUCUCGAAGAAUCCGGCUAGGGCUGACGGCCACGGCCCGGCGCCUCCAACCUCCUUUAGCGGCGGCGGGGCGCAUGGCCGGCGGCGAAGAGGCGGACACCGCGGGAGCGCCCGCGGAGGCAGAGAUGGACCCCGGCGUCUCGCGCGGGGGCGGGUUGCCCAGCUUCGAGUUCGCGUUCAAUUCAGAGAGCUUCUCCGACCGGGUGCUGCGGCUGGAGGUCGUCGCCAGCAACGGCGUCGCCAGCGACGGCGUCGCCAGAGGAUCCCUCCCCGACUUGGCGUUCCACCGCGAGGAGCUCCACAAGGAGGAUGCAGAUGGGCAAAGUAUUGACUCUUCCUGGACCAUGGUGGCCAUGCCAGUUUUACGAGUUAAGACCAUUUACAUCAGUUCGGUGGUUCUCGCUGCAAAUAGUCCAUUCUUUCUCAAGCUUUUCUCAAAUGGUAUGAAAGAGUCUGAUCAGAGAUAUCUAACACUCCGAAUUGCUGAUUCAGGAACAGAGGAAACUGUCAUGAUGGAGCUUUUGAGAUUUAUGUACACUGGAAAGUUGACAGCAACUGAACCCAAUCUUCUGCUCGACAUCUUGAUGGCCGCUGAUAAAUUUGAGGUUCUUGCUUGCAUGAAGCGUUGCAGCCAGUUGCUCACAAACUUGCCUAUGACCAGAGAGACUGCACUGCUCUACCUAGAUUACCCAUGCUCCAUUUCAGUGGCUGCUGAAAUUCGUCAUCUGACAGAUGCAGCGAAGGAAUUCCUCGCCAACAAAUACAAGGUUUUGGAUAAAUUUCCUCAUGAAUUGAUGGACAUGCCUCUUGUUGGGAUUGAAGCCAUCUUUUCUAGUUCUGACCUACAGAUAUCAUCUGAAGAUGCCGUAUAUACCUUCUUGGUCGAGUGGGUGUGCGAGCAAUACCUAGAAACAGAGGACAGGCACAAGAUAUGGAGUUCUCGUUUACUUCCGCUGUUGCGCUUCAAUCAUAUGAGCUGGAAAAAACUCCACGAGGUCCUGACAUGCAGUGAUGAUUGUGAUGAUGUAGACAAUGAGCAAACAAAGAAGCACAUUACCGAUGCACUCUUGCACAAAGCUUACCCCGCACACGAGCAAGGUGCACUUGCAGCAGACACAGCAACCUGUUGCCAAGUUCCACAACGAGCCUACAUGAGAAAACCCCUGAAAGUGGUUGAGUUCGAUCGACCCCGCCCACAGGUUAUUGUGUACUUGGAUCUAACGCGUGAAGAGUGCUCCCGACUCUUCCCUGAAGGAGAACUAUUCUCGCAAUUGUUCCAUCUUGCGGGGCAGAACUUGUAUAUCAUGCCAACCUGUGAAAUGGACGAGCAGAGUAAGCAAUACAGCUUUGGCCUCUGGUUAGGGAUCCAUGACAAGCCGGAGGGCUCGGCAUGCUUGACAUUCAAGUUUGAGUUUGCUGCACGGACAAAAUCGUCAGGAGAAUUUGUGCGCAAGUUGAAGGAUAAGGCUAUCUUCACAGGUGAUUGCAUGGAGGGAUGCGGUGAUCUUUUUGGCGUUCCAUGGUCGACAUUCAUGGCGGACGACAGCCUCUUCAUCGACGGCUUGCUGCAUUUGAGGGCUGCAUUGACGGUGGUGGAGCAGCCUGAAGUACAGGCUUGAUGAUGUCUCACUCAGCAGUGCUAGGUUGCUUCAACGGGAUUGAUGCUUCUGCGGUCUUGUUUCAUCAUUUGGGUGCCUGAGUGGUACUCUUACAAUGAGUAAGUAGGAAACCUGUGUGCUAGGCACUUUUGGUCUGCCUCGACAGUUUUCCUUGUCGAAGCGUGAGCGUCCACUAGAGACCUGAUGAUUCACUCGGCGAAGUUAAGUCGAGCGCUUAAAUGGCAUUCGGUUGUAACAUGAGAGUUUAGUUAGUUGGCUGUGCAGUUUCAUUCUGAUAUUUCCUUGUCUCUGCUGGAAAAGGAGGCUUUGGUGCCUGAGUGGUGUAAGGAAGCUCUUACAAUGAUAAAGUUGAAAAACUGUGUGCACUUCUGGUCUGACUUCAAACAUUUUUAUUCGCCGUCUUACAAUGACCCCCCGCCAUUCACUCGGAAUUACAGGCUUUCAACCAAGAAGCCUGAUGGUGUGUCAAGAUUGAAUCAGUGGCUUCCAUGGGAUUCCAGUUGUAUCCGAAUAAUUUUUAUUGUUGCAAGAAGAAGGGAAGAGGGGAUAAUAGGAAGUGUUGUCUGCUGCUGCUGGUGCUGACGGUGGAAUUGUGGAGGGUAGCUGAAUCCUGAAGCUAGCCGCAGGUGUGGGUGUGGUGAUGAAUGACACAAACUCUGAAGGAAACCAGCCUGACUCGAUCGAUCGCUUGCUACCGUAGAUCAGCGACACGUGUACUGUACUGUAUGGUGUGGAUCCUUUCUGAGUGCAGCCACGACACGAAAUACCACUGUGGUAGUACGAUCCUACCUUGUCUUGAUCGAUCGGUUGAUACUCAUGCAAGUGAGUAAAUUGCAUAAAACCACCGCAUUGAGGGCUAGCUUUGCGAAAAACAUUAGGAUACAGAAUCGUUGCAGAUUGCACCACGUCUAGCGUAAUUGUUUUGCAAAAACCAUUGAUCGGCGGAUCGGGCUGAGUUAAGUGAGUUUAUGACA